AUGUCUGUAGCUAAUAAGACUACUCUUGAGAUACUUGCGUUAUCUCCAGAAGAGUAUAGUAAGCGAAAAGUGGCCUUGAUCACCGGUAUCACUGGACAAGACGGUUCUUAUCUCACUGAAUUCUUGUUAGAGAAAGGAUACACCGUUCAUGGCAUCAUUCGUCGGUCAUCAUCGUUUAAUACAGGGAGAAUUGAUUCGUUAUAUAAAGAUCAGCAUCUGAGUGGUGCCAAGAUGAUUCUCCAUUACGGUGACUUGACCGACUCGACAAAUCUUGUACACAUUGUCUCCCAAGUGCUCCCAACUGAAGUUUAUAAUCUUGGUGCUCAAUCUCAUGUAAAGGUCUCGUUCGACAUGGCCGAGUAUACUGGCGAUGUCGAUGGCUUGGGUACUCUUCGUCUUCUUGACGCCAUUCGUACUUGCGGGUUGGCUAACCACGUUAGAUUCUAUCAGGCUUCUACAUCUGAACUGUACGGAAAGGUGGUAGAAACUCCCCAGAAAGAAACCACUCCGUUUUAUCCUCGUUCUCCAUACGGUGUCGCCAAGCUCUAUGCUUAUUGGAUAGUCGUUAAUUAUCGUGAAGCUUACAACAUGUAUGCCUGUAAUGGAAUUCUUUUCAAUCACGAGUCUCCUCGUAGAGGUCGUACUUUUGUCACCCGCAAGAUCUCACGUGCAGUGGCUGAAAUUUCCUUGGGCAAACAAGAAUGUUUAUGGUUGGGUAACGUGGAUGCUAAACGUGAUUGGGGACAUGCUAGGGAUUAUGUUGAGGGUAUGUGGUUGAUGCUUCAGCAAGACCAUCCAGAUGAUUAUGUCUUGGCCACCGGUGAGACCCACACUGUGCGUGAAUUUGUUGAAAAAUCAUUUGCUGUCAUUGGAAAAACUAUAACCUGGGAAGGAGAGGGCGAAAACUUGAUUGGUCGUGAGGCGAAUACAGGCGUUAUUCGUGUUCGUGUUGAUUCUAAAUACUUCCGUCCCACUGAAGUUGACCUUCUCUUGGGUGAUCCUACGAAAUCCCAGAACAAACUUGGAUGGAAGAGAAAGGUUGAAUUUGAUGCCCUGGUCAAAGAAAUGGUGUUGGCGGAUAUAGAAGGCGCAAGGAUUAAUUCUGAGAACUAA